CAGUGUCUGCCACGUUCUUAAAUCACGAGCUGUCUACCUGGUCUUACGAUCUUUGAUUCGAUUUUAAUACUAAUUUUCUUAGUUGUUUCCAACUUCAUUUCUCUCGAGGCAGCACAAGAAAUUCCAAAAGGGGUUGGUUGCUUUUUGACGCUAAGCACGGCAACGUAACUAGAAGCUCAGCAGUGAAGAUCCCAGUAAAAAGUUUCAGACCUUUUCGGGCCUCGGCUUGAUUUGAUUUCUUGUUUAAUGGAAGAUGUGAAAAGAGUUGCUUGUUUCGUCUUCUUUCUGUGGAAAUGGUUGGCUGCUGCUGGUGACACUGACAGUCUUCUUUCACCAAAGGGUGUGAACUAUGAAGUUGCUGCUUUGAUGUCAAUGAAGAAUAAAAUGAAAGACGAAUUGCGUGUUAUGGAUGGUUGGGAUAUCAAUUCGGUUGAUCCUUGUACUUGGAACAUGGUCGGUUGCUCUGCUGAGAACAAUGUUAUUUCGCUGGACAUGGCCAGUAUGGGUUUAUCUGGAACGCUCUCUCCCGGAAUUGGAAAUUUGAGCCGCCUCCGAACACUGUUGUUGCAGAACAAUCAAUUAUCUGGAUCUGUGCCUGCUGAGAUAGGAAAGCUUUUGGAGCUUCAGACUCUUGACCUUUCUGGUAACCAGUUUGUUGGUGAAAUCCCUAGUUCUCUGGGCUUUUUGACUCGUCUUAGUUACUUGCGGCUUAGUAGAAAUAAACUAUAUGGGCAGAUUCCUCAACUCGUUGCAAAUCUCACAGGCCUUUCAUUCUUGGACUUGUCAUUCAAUAAUCUCAGUGGUCCCACUCCAAAAAUUUUAGCAAAAGGUUACAGUAUUUCAGGAAACAACUUCCUUUGUGCAUCUUCAUCACCACAAAUUUGUAUGGGCGGUUCAAAUCCACUAAAUGAAACUGGUUCUUCACUAGAAGCUGGUAAUCAUCACCAUCGGGUGCUAUCUGUUGCUAUUGGCAUUAGCUGUACAUUUUUAAUUUCAGUAAUGCUGCUUCUCUGCUGCGUGCAUUGGUACAGAUCACGCAUCCUGUAUGCCUCCUAUGUAAAGGAAGAUUAUGAAUUUGACAUUGGUCAUUUGAGGAGGUUCUCCUUCCGUGAAUUGCAAUCUGCUACUAGUAAUUUCAGUCCAAAAAAUAUCCUAGGUCAAGGUGGAUUUGGUGUUGUCUACAAAGGAUGUCUUCCAAAUAAAAUGACGGUGGCAGUGAAGAGGCUGAAAGAUCCCAAUUACACUGGAGAAGUGCAGUUUCAAACUGAAGUUGAGAUGAUUGGCUUGGCAGUGCAUCGGAAUCUCUUGCGUCUCUAUGGAUUUUGUAUGACAUCUGAUGAGAGGCUGCUUGUUUACCCAUACAUGCCUAAUGGCAGUGUUGCUGAUCGCUUGAGAGACACUUGCCGUGAAAAGCCAUCAUUGGAUUGGAAUAGGCGAAUGCGUAUUGCUCUUGGGGCAGCUCGUGGGCUUCUAUAUUUACAUGAGCAGUGUAGCCCAAAAAUUAUCCACAGGGACGUUAAGGCUGCAAACAUUUUGCUAGAUGAAAGUUUUGAAGCUGUGGUGGGGGAUUUUGGUCUUGCUAAGCUCUUGGAUCAAAGGGAUUCGCAUGUCACUACUGCAGUACGAGGCACGGUAGGGCACAUUGCCCCCGAGUAUCUCUCCACUGGGCAGUCUUCUGAGAAAACUGAUGUUUUUGGAUUUGGCAUAUUGCUUUUGGAGCUCAUCACAGGGCAGAAGGCUUUGGAUGCUGGAAAUGGUCAGAUCCAGAAGGGAAUGAUUCUUGAUUGGGUUAAAACCUUAUUUGAGGAGAAGCGACUGGAAGUGUUAGUUGAUAGGAAUCUGAGGGGACGUUUUGAUCCAAUAGAGUUGGAAAAAGCAGUGAAGCUGUCUUUACAAUGCACUCAAUCACAUCCCAGCCUCCGGCCAAAGAUGUCAGCAGUCUUGAGGAUACUGGAAGGCCUAGUCGGACAGGGCCAACCGGAGGAGGAGUCACAUGGAGGAGCCAUUUAUGAUGAAAGGAAUUGCAGUUUCUCCAGAAAUUAUAGUGAUGGGCAUGAUGAACCUUCUUUUAUUAUUGAAGCCAUUGAACUUUCUGGACCUAGGUGACCAGCACAAUGUGGCCUGUUCCUUUGUCUACUCCUAACAAGCAAUGUCUUGCAUGAAGAAUUUGGUCAUGGCAUUAAUAGCAUGCCUAGGCAUUAUGGGAUUGAAAAGGUGACUACGAAUCAGGACCACUGAUCAAAAGCAUGGAAAUGCAAAUGCUGCAUUAGCCCUUUUACAAGAUCACAGAAGAUACUCAUUGGAGUCUCUUUGAUUUAUUUCCCCUGUCCCCACGUUCCAAACCUUAUCUAAUUUUGACCCAAACAACAAACAAACAUAACCUACUUGACACUGCGUCUGAAGUUUAACCCAUUUCAAAUAGACGUGACCAAGCAUGUAAUUUGUAUAUAACUAUGAAGUACCGUCUGUCCCUACCUAAUAACUUGAUCAUGUGAUAUGUCUUGGUAUUCUUGAA